AUGAUGAUGAAUAAUAAAAAGACAAGUGGAAUUGAUGUUACGGAGACUACCGUCAAAAAUAUUGCUAACUCGACAAAGAAAUCAAUGAGAGACGGAGACAUUCGACUUGCAGAAAGUUCAACUGACGAAUUGCAAGCUGUCAAACCACAUCGGUUGCUAGUUUCAUAUCACGACUUACCGCACUGGCAGAAGGAUAACGACUAUAUUUUACAUGGCUAUGUAAGAGAAACGAAUAGCUACUGGUUAAGUAUCGAUUGUUUGUUUUUCCUACAUAAUGAAUCUAUCAACAUAUACUCACAUUUAGUACCGGGGUUUAUAUUUCCCCUUUUUCUGGUAGUCUUUGUUCCUUGGUUAUCUAUACAUGAGAAUUUUAUAAGCUGCAUACCUACGUGGCUAAUCUACCUACCGAAAUUUACAAAUACGGAUGAAACCGACAAUCUUGUAUUCUUGCUUUUCUUCAUUGGUUUCAUGUUCUGUCUCACUUGUUCAGCAACUUUCCAUACUUUAAAAUCGCAUAGCCAUAGAGUCUCUAUAAUAGGAAACUGUUUGGAUUAUGCCGGCAUUUUGGUUCUUAUUGGAACUUCAUUAAUUAGCGUCAUCCAUUAUGCAUUGAUAGAUCAUCAACAUAUGAAAAAUAUGUUCGUAACUAUUAUCGUAAUCAUUGGCUUCAUUUCAUUGUGUUUUACUUGGCAUCCCAAAUUCAAAACCCCAGCAUGGAGACCAAUUAGGACGUCUAUGUUCAUCAUGUUUUCAUUCUCUGGCUUGUUACCCAUCUGUUAUGCUUUGGCAAUCAUGGAUUUCACCACUAUCGUAAAUCGAGCUGGCUUGAAAUAUGUGGCUUUGGAAGGAUUAUCUUACCUAUCCGGGGCCGCUCUAUACGCAUGCAGAUUCCCCGAGAGAUUGGCGCCAGGAAUUUUCGAUUUAUUUGGGCAUGGCCACCAACUGUUUCAUUUGUUAGUGGUAUCUGGUGCUUACUGGCAUUUAAGAGCGCUAGGACAUGCUUAUAUAGUUGCCAAGUCAAGUACUUUGAGCGGCGAAAUAGUCUCAAAAGCACUAUAG